UUAAACCGAGACCACAAGCAGACCUGCGAGAUGGAUUGGUCCGACAAGCUGGAGACAUACAACAUUGACGAGAAGUGCGGCCGCUACAACAACCAGAGCACCAACAUCCAGUUCCAUCCCAGCUCGUCGAAAUUCGAGGACAGUGCUUCCACACCAGAGACUUGGGCCAAGUACAGCCACGACAACAUCUACCGGGCGGAGCGAGAGAGGCUGGCCUCCAUCAACCUCCGGGCCCUGAUUGACAACAUCCUCCACGACACGUCGGAGGACCUGCGCAUGCAAUGUGACGUGGUGAACGAGGCCUUCGCCAAGCGCUGUGAGGAGAUGGAUGAUGCCAAGCACAAACUGGAGCAUCACUUGAGGAAAACCCUGAAGGAGAUUGGGGAUCAGGAAUACAACAUCGCUGCCCUCAAGCAAGCCAUCAAGGAUAAAGAAGCGCCCCUCAAGGUGGCCCAGACGAGACUUUAUGACCGCUCCUUCCGGCCGAACGUGGAGCUCUGCAGAGACGCUGCUCAGUUCAGGCUGAUCAGUGAAGUGGAAGAACUGACAGAGUCCAUCAAGGCGCUGAAGAAGAAGCUCCUGGACUCGGAACAGUCCCUGCGGAACCUGGAGGACACCCGGAUGAGUUUGGAGAAGGAGAUUGCGGUGAAAACCAACAGCCUCUUCAUCGACCGGCAGAAAUGCAUGGCCCACCGUUCCAGAUACCCCACCGUCCUGAGACUAGCGGGUUACCAGUAGCAGUCGGCGGCGUAGACAUUCGUAACUCCGGAGUCUCAGGAAAUGUAACUCAUUGAUGCUGAUGUGAAUGACAAGCCCAUGAAUCUUUAUGCCCCUUCCACUGUCCCUCCUCCCAUUCCUUGGUUGAAAUAAAGUUCAAAAGCAUUGCAAA